GGUCAAUCCUGGAGGCUACGAGAAAGUCAUUUGGGCGUCCCCCGGCGGGGGGACGCGAAAUCAUCUUUGUCUAAACGUCAAGUAGCGAUGUGCUAUAUCGCAAUUCUGCUUCCAGAGGUAAAUCUGUAUAUAGUUAAUGCACUAAGACCAGCUCUUACCCCACGGGAACGACCAACGUCAUAAUUCUCAAGGUUUCAGUCGUGUACCCACCGCUCUUUCGCAGUAUCAGAGCCACAAUAGUCAUGUUAUAGUACAUAGCCGUAAAGUAAACACAAUUUUGCCCGGGACCCUGGCUUGCCAUGCGCCCAUGCAACGUCGGCGGCAUGCCAAUCAAGCAUUUCAGGAGUUCACUUCAUUUCUCUGCAGUUCUGCGUUCAUACUAUAUCUAUGUCACAUACAAAUGAAUCAAGCUAUUUGAUUAAUCAACCAUUCUUUGCGUCGCUAUGAUUCUGAGACGACUGUGCUCGAGCGGCGGAUGCCUUCGUUCGCAAUAACCCCUGUCGACUAUAUGCAGCGACAGUGCCAACAAUGCAAUCUUGAAUGGAGUAAUGAAGCUGGCUGGCUCAUAUUUCAUAAUAACGAGCUCGCCGGUCAACAAGUCAACCGCGCGUUGACCGGGGCGUUUCCACUCUGCAAAUGGGCCCGGCAUAGUGCCCUGUGAUUGCUGGCUCAGGUCUCUGAGCCAGGCGCAAUGGCGUACAUUAGCUCAGGGUCCGCCGUGCGUGCGCCCGUUUUCACGGCUGGUGUCAAGGUUGCAGGUUGGGCUGCGAGCUGAUGGCGCGUGGUCUCAAUGCCCGCCGUGCUCGCGCCCCUUCCCGCGGCUGGUGUCAAGCCCGCAGGGUAUGGAGCUAGCUGCUGGUGCUAGGGCUUGGAUUCGGUUAAGGCCCGCCGUGCUCGCGCCCUUUUCCGCGGCUGGAUGGUGUCAAGCCCGCAGGUGGUGGCGCGCCGUGUGCCUGGCCUACGCCCCAAGGCCCACCGUGCUCGCGCCCUUUCCCGCGGCUGGUGUCAAGCCCACAGGGAUGGAUGGUGGAGCGAGCUAAGACAUAUGCUACGGUGUUGGCGCAUGGUGUCCAUGACGGUGCUGCUUAGUGCUCAAGUGGCUGCUAUGGAUUGUGGAGGCCAGACCAUGCCUAGUCACUUGUGUGAAUCAGCUUGGAGGUAGGCUUCCCAGCUGCAAGGGACUUCGUCCCUGUGGUCUUCUGUGGGGCAGGGCGGGACAAGUGCGGGGCAAGUGCGGGGCAUGGCGGGGCAAGUGCGGGGCAAGGCGGGGCAUGACCCCUGCGGUCUUGUAAUAGCUGUUGGAU